UUCACUAAUAUUAAUUAAUAUAUAAUAAUGUUAAAUGUCUGUACUUUAAAUCAACAUUAUUGUUGAAACCAUUUCACUAAUAUUAAUUAAUAUAUAAUAAUGUUAAAUGUCUGUACUUUAAAUCAACAUUAUUGUUGAAACCAUUUCACUAAUAUUAAUUAAUAUAUAAUACUGUUAAAUGUCUGUACUUUUAAUCAACAUUAUUGUUGAAACCAUUUCACUACAAUAUUGUGUGUGCUGCUGUCCUGUGUAGAAGAGGUCCUGUACCAUGGGAACAGAAGGGUCAUUUGGACAGAGGAGGAGAAAGUGGCUGUGUUAACCGAAGCCCAUGCAGGCCAUUUUGGACCACGGAGGAUGCAAGCGAAGAUUGCUCCCCGGUUUUAUUGGCGGUCCAUCACACAGGACACAUUGGAUUGGGUGCGCACAUGUCCUGACUGCCAGCGCUUUGAAAAAUGAAAGACUGAGGCGCCUGAGCUGAAGCCCAUCAAGGUCGUAUCACCUUGGUACAUGGUUGGCCUUGAGGGACAUUUUCUACACUCAUGGUUUGCCUGAAGUUAUCCUCACUGACCAGGGCACUGAAUUCAAGAAAGAGGCUGAGGUAGCUUUCAAGGAGUUGGACAUUGAACAUCGGGUUUCGUCAGCAUACCACCCCCAGACCACUGGGCUUGAUGAGGACGAACCAAACCAUUAAAGUGUCUAUUGGGAAGACCAUCAGGGGCCAACAGGAGAAGUGGGAGGACAAGCUCAGGGAGAUAGUGUAUGCCCAUAACACCUGUGUACAGGCAUCGACCAGGUACUCCCCCUUCCGCCUGUUGUUUGGUCGAGAGGCACGGAUGUUUACGGAGGUUACAACUGAGUGUCCUGAGGUGAUGGCAGCUCCUGACCAGGCUGAUUCUCUGGAGGCCUUUGUGCAGCUCCGAGUUGGCCAGGAUGAGGACAUUUUUGGGAAGGUGAUCAACAAUGUGGAGAGGGCCCAAGAGAGACAGAAAUUGUCAUACCGGCAGAGGAUGAAGAAGGGGGUCAAGCGCUUCAUCAUCCAACCUGGAAUGGAGGUCCUCAAGAAGGAUGCGAGGAAGAAAGGGAGACCUGGGCGAACCAUGGACCCAAACUGGAGCCAGACCAUCUACAGGAGAUCCCACGCCAGACCUCAGGGAAUGACUGUGGUGUUUUCAUGCUCAUGUACUCCCUCUGGCUCUGUACGGACACUACUUUUCACUACAGUGUGCUGGACAUGCAGUCAAUCCGGCGUUUGUGGUGUGUCCUUCUAAUGGAGCGCUUUGGCAUUGAAGGGUAGGACAACUUCUUGAAAUAUCUGCUGUAUUGUUUAUCAUGAUUAGUAACUGCCUGCGAUGAGGUGGCGACUUGUCCAGGGUGUACCCUGCCUUCCGCCCGAAUGCAGCUGAGAUAGGCUACAGCGACCCCCCGCGACCCCAAAAAGGGACAAGCGGUAGAAAAUGGAUGGAUGGAUGGAUGGAUUAGUAACUGUAACAUGGCCAGAGGUUCUGUUAUUGGACAGACAAGGCGAGCGGCCUAUUGCAGGGCAUUCUUCAGCCAGUCUUUAGGGUAUCCAGAAACUCAGUCCAGGCCAUCGACUGCGUCAUCAAAGAAUAACUGAAUACAGUACUGGUAUGCCAUGACACAAAAGUGAAUAAAUUGUAUCAUACCUAUGUUGCUCCAUAAAAAACAUGAUUGGAGAAAUAUGUAAGCUGGGGGAAAAAAAUAACUGGUUCAAAAAUAAUAAUCUAAUAACCUUUAUUGGUUUGUACCUUGAUGGGGUUUAAGAGCUUUUCAUUAUAACAUGUCUACUUCU